CCGACUGAACCUAACCAACUUCGGAGGGGUCUGGUGGAGCUAGAAGAGCUGAUGUUUGUCCGUCGACCCGGUGCUGCCCUCACUCCUCUUCCUGCUCACCGAAACUCAGCUGAGCCCAAACAAGCUUUGAAGUGGAGCUCAUUCCCAGCCUGGUUACAGCUCCACAGUUUGUUCAGGAAUGUGUCUGAAAGGGAGAAGGAGGCCUCACCUGCUGGUUGGGAGUCUGCAGGAGGCGCACCUGCUGACAGAUUGACCUCGGAUUUACCUGAAAUGAAGCGCUGAUUGUCCGGAAGGUUGAUUAACCGAUCAAAAUGAAGAGGGGAACUCUGAACUUCCUGGGUCGGAAGAACCACUCCCUGUUCGACACCAGCGUUAAAAUGCAGGACAUGGACAAUGUGGAGUUGGUGUUGGAUUCAGCUAAAAUCUCUGAAUCUGGGACAGCCAACGUACGGGCCAGACCCACGGUCAAGCACACUCACGCUUCUGUGGUAGAAAGUUUCCAAGGGUUUGCCGUCCCAACCCCUAAAGUACCCCUCCUCCCUCCAACCAAUGGUCCAAAAGUCAACGGCACAGCUGCUGGAGAUAAAUUAUCCAAUGGAUCUGUUAUGUCUGACCACGUGGAUGAUGAAAUAUUUGUUCCUCCUCCUCCUUCAAUGUCACCUCCACCCCCUCCUUUGAAUUUUAUUCCUCCACCAGGCUUCAUGGGAGACAUGAACAGCCUGGACUUGGCAGCCCUUCAGCCUCCUUCUAUGCCUGCACCAAAACUGCCACCAUCCAUGAAAGAGGAGGAUCUGUCCAACCUAAAACCUCCAGCAAUGGCGCCCCCGAAACCACCAUCUACCUCCUCCUCUGGCUCUGCCUCAUCAGUGCCCACUUACAUUCCACCACCACCCAAUGUUCCUGAGCCUCCAACUUUUUCCCCGCCAAAGCCUCCUCUUGAGAAACAACUCAGAACUCAGAAGAUACCACCAGCAAAGCCUACCAGAUUGUCAUCCAUUUCCCUCACUGACUCCCCACCACAUAGUCCUGCACCACCUCCCCCAGUGGACACACCUUCAUUGUCCACCUUCAAUCCAAAAAACAAAGCAAAGGUUUAUGACAGUCCAAAGGCCACAUUUCUGGGUAAACAAGAGGAUCACAUGACCAGACCAAAGCAAAUGCUCCUCCUUGAAGACUCUAAGUCAGGUAACUCAGUUCCUGUGCUCGUAGAUGGAAAUGUUGCCCAACUGUCUAAAACAGAUCCCAAAGAAGUACAAAAACCAAAGGAGGACAUAAAAGAUGCCAUCAUCGCCCAGACGCCUCAAAAACCCAAAGCUGACCCAAAGACAGAGCCAAAGGCGGAGCCAAAGACAGAGCCAAAGGCGGAGCCAAAGACAGAAACGGUUUCAAUACAGCCAGAAACAAUCAAACCACUUGAGCCUCCGCAGCAACAGAAGGUGAACAAUGUUCAGACUAAUUCAGAGGCCAGUAAGAACAAACUGGAUUCAUCUCCGGGUCAAAGCCGGAGCUUCAGCCCAAUGUUGGAUCGCAAACUACGCAACCUGAAGGCUAAUGACACCACCGGAGCCCGGGAUGCCCAUGCAGCAUCACCACUGGCUCUCCUACAAGCAGCUAAAGAAAGAGAUAAACAACGAGCGAAUAUCUCGUUGUCGCGGGAAAGCAGCACCCGGAUCAGCGACGAUUCCAGCUCAGGCAUUCACCCGAGUGACUCCAGUCCAAAUUCUUUCAUCGUUGUCCCAAAAUCCAGCUCAGCUUCUUCAACACCAUUACAAGAAAGGUUACAAGAGAUCCCACAGCCUGUUGGACCUGUAGAACCCAAGGUAGAUAUUCAGGCUCCAGAAACAUCCAGCAACCCCAAAAUUCAGUGGGUCUCAGAUAAGAAACCAUCAAAUGGUCCCACACUUUCAUCAGCAACUGUAAACAAGGUGGCUCAGGAAAAACAAACAGCAAAAGAACAACCUUCAAAGCCCCAAGCUGUGUGGCAGAAGGACCACAAAGAGGAUCUGAACAUGCCUGUGCUCCCACCACCACCAGAGUUUGGUGACUUCUUUGAGAUAAUGGAGCCACCCCCAUCCAUCUGUCCACCCAGUCCCCCUGCUAAAAAGACCCCGAUGCCAGCUGUAGGUCCACCUCCUCCAGCUCCACAUCCCCAUACACCUCCCAAACUCCCACCCCCGGACACAGACAUCAAACUAAAGCCACAAGUCAAGACGAAAACCAAGUCAACCCCCAACCAGCUACCCCCGACUCUCUCAGCCAAUCAGGCCACUCUCCUUAGCAUCUUACAAAAGAAGAUGAUUGAAAUGGACCAAAAAAUGGCCCCAGUGAAUGAAACGGAGUCCAGUCCUGAUGACUGGGGUACCACAGCGUCUGAAGACAGCAACAAGGUCCCUGUUGUACGGAAAGCCAAAACACAGCCGCAGCCUCCCCCUACAAACAACAAACCGGCCAGCAUGGACAUGAAGGAGUUGGAAAGUAAACUGGUCAAAAAGUAUCAGGAGAGCCCCAAAGUAAAAUCUCCCACCAGUGACGGAGCCAAAUCCAGACAACAGUACGGCAUGACUUUCACCGUCCGGCCUGGAACUAAGCAGCCCAUCACCCUUGUUAACAAAGAAGAGUCUUAAAGAUCUGCACGUCUAUGAUGGAGUCAGUCGUAUUUGUACGUUCAACCAACAGGACUUUGAAUUUUGCAGAUGUCAUUUUCUUAAGAAUGCUUGAGGCCUGGCUCAAACGGUAACGGUUUAAAAUGGUCAGAUUUACAAAAGAUGAGCGACCAUACACAUGGCAAUAGAAAAAUCAUGGAUAUAACCGUUUCUGCCCUACAAGGUGUGGUGAUAUACGGCCACACAGUAAAGUCAACACACCACACAAACAUUUCCAGGUCAAGAGUGGAUAUCUUGCAAAACCUCUUGAGACUAAAAAUGGCUUUAGAGUAAACAAACAUGACAGCAGUGGAGGAGGACUCCUCUUGCUUUGUGCAGCCUCAUUCCGUGACCUUGUUUUCUGAUUGGCUAUAUGUCACAUUCAACAGGCUGCAUGUUCGUUUGUCCUCAGGGCACACAGCCACUGCAAUACUGGGCCAAGACAAUCCAACAGGUUUAAUAUCCUCUAUGUACAAUCGGAGCUGUCCUAAUAUGCUUCUGAGCAGACCACAGCACUCUUAAUACACCACACAUUACAGGAAUAUCCCAUAAGAUCAUCUUUAGAGUAGCGAUGUUUGACAUUAUCGGUCUACAAUUAAUGUUUAAUAUCAGAAAAUAUCUAUUGGUUUUCAGUCUUUUACCGACACAAUUUUUAUGUAUCAUACACAUACUUUACAAACUCUUCAGCUAGUUCACCUCUCUCUCAAAAUAUGACGGAUUUGACGUAAAGUUUUUGAGAAAUGUUAGUUUAUUUUGAACAACUUGUGAAGUAAAACUUUGUCCUGUGUGGCGAGCGUACACGCAGCAUGUAGCUAUGUGUAGCUAGACAGCUAGCAAACGACUAAAGCAAACACAAGAAUCAUCACCCAAGGCUUGCUUUUCUUAUCUGACGAUCUUAAUAAACGUUUUAUCACCAUAGCGGCAACAUACAGAAAAAUAAAAAUAAACACAUUACCGACUAUUACACACAUCAUGCUUAGAGGAAAUAAGAUUCAGUUGCUGUUGGAGACAAAUUAAACGUGGCACUUUUCCUUUUACUAACUUAAAUUGAAGUAGUUGUCAUUUUGCAUAGAACAUGUUUAAAGUUGAAGCGUGUAAGAUAGGAAAUAUGUGAUGUUAAUCACCUAAAAUGUUUUAGUUUUUCUUUUUAUGAGGAGGACACAGCAUAUGUUGGUAUCGGUUUAUCGAAAAUUAGGAGUCAGACAAUACUGAGCAUCCCUACUUUAGAGACAUCACAGUUUUUGGGUGACCAUGAUUGUCAGAAGGGGAGAAUCUGGUCAAAAAUCGGCAUAAUCUCGCCGUGUGACCCAGGCCUUAGUUAAUAAAUUUAGUUGGUUGUUGUCAGGAACAUUCAUUUAGCCUUUUUAAAAACAACAAGUGUGAGAAAUGCAUAAAGAAUAUUUGUCAUUUUAACAGCUUUGUAUCGUUCUGAAUGCUACUUGUGAAUUAUAUCAUGCUCUGUACUUUUUCAAGGGGUUUUCUCCUUGAUUGCAAGUACAAAAUGUAGAAUAUAGUUUUUGGUGUAUAAACCUGUUAAUACUAAGAUGUUCUGUUACAUGUAUAUUAUAUACACCUGCUGAAGCAAAGCCAGCCAUUAGUUUAGGUGAGCGCUAGCGUGGUUCUCAUAUUUAUUAGUCUAAGACACGUUUGACCUUCUAUGCAGUCCUCCCUUCCUCUGUGUGUAUAUACAUUUGUAUAAGAAAAAUGGAAAUGCAGUUUUGUGCACACCGUCUUGAAACUCCAGUGAUUAUAUUCCUGUAAAAUAUAUGCUUCAUGCACAUUUUUGUCUAUUUUUCAGUUUUCAACAGUUAUUUUACAUUUUCAUCACUAAAACUGGUCUACAUCUAUGACAGCAUUAUCGCACUGUGCACUUGUGGUGCAAACAUUAUUGUUUACAUUUGAAUCAGUGGAUUUAGUAAAGAAAGAUAAAAAAAAACAUCCGUUCUCAAA